AUGGUAGUGCUCUUCCGCAGCUUCCUUCUCUUUAUCCUCUUGGUGCUAUGCGAUUCUCAGGGGCAAACGACGAUUACCGGGAUAUUAGCAGCUUCGCCAGAUCUGGCGACAUUGUAUACUGCAGUUAGGUUGGCCAAUUUGAACUUCGUGCUGGAAGGAGUUGGUCCCUUCACCAUGUUUGCGCCCACCGAUGUGGCAUUCCGGCUGCUGGGCCCAGGCAUCACGGCGUCUCUGACCAGGCCGGAGAACACGGCCUUUCUGACCCAGGUGUUGCAGUACCACGUGUGCUAUGGCAAUACGCUCAGCCAGAAUCUCUUGCCGGGUCAGGAGCUUUCAACCUUCGAGGGCGAUCUCCUGACAGUGGACGCAGUGACGCCUUUCACGGUGAACACCGUGCCCAUUUCGCGGCAAGAUCUGGUAGCCUCGAAUGGGUUGGUGCACACCAUGAACCGGGUGUUCCUGCCACCGAACUUUGUGCUCCCACCGCCCACGUUGGACCUCGUUCAGCUCGUUGCCAGCGAGGAUUAUUUAUCGAUCCUACAUCAGGCAAUACAGCUGGCAGAACUGGAGAGUGCGCUGAAAGCUUCGGGGCCUCUGACGGUCUUCGUUCCAACUGACGAAGCCUUUACCAAUCUGGGACCCGGCAUCGCCACUUCUUUGCUGCUCCCACCCAACAAGAACAAGCUGCAGGAGGUCCUGCUGCAUCAUGUUGUGACGGGUUCGCAGUCUACAACGGUGCUGCCGGCCGGCGUGAACCUCCAGGCUCUGGGUGGAGGUACACUUCUGGUGACACAGAACGACCCCCUCAAGAUCGACUCACGUUCUUCCGCAAUAAGUCCAAACGUGCCGGCGACGAAUGGUUUGCUGCACGUCAUGGAUACGGUCAUCAUCCCAACUGGAUUUGUGUACCCCGACAAGACAUUACGGCAACUGGUUGUUCAAAGCCCGUCACUGUCGCUUCUAGCAGCGGCAGUGGCCACGAGCAGUGUGGCAUCUCUCUUAUCAGGAAGCGCUUCAUCUUAUACCCUGUUCGCGCCAACGAACGAAGCCUUUCAUCAGCUGGGUAUUGGUGUGGCGAGUUCUCUGUUGAUGCCAGCCAACCAGGACAAGCUAGCGCAGGUCCUCCGCUAUCAUGUGCUCCAAGAACGCUUCUUGCGGGCGGACUUCACGGCAAACACUGCUGUCCAGACGCUGGAGCAAGGCCUGCUCAAGAUCAGCUCCGUGAGUCCGCUGACGGUGGAUGACACCGCCACGGUCCAGACUGUAGACAUCCCUGCCACCAAUGGGGUCAUGCACAUCAUCAACCGAGUUCUUCUCCCGCCCGGGUUCCGCUUCCCGGACAAGGACGUCGUGCAGUUGGCAGACAGCACUGCAUCGCUGUCUACCUUCAACGCGCUGGUGGCGCUUGCAGGGCUGCGGGGUGACUUCACUGCUGAAGGUCCGUACACCGUGUUCGCUCCAACAGAUUCUGCUUUCGCAGCUCUCGACAGGGCGACGCUAGAGGCCCUACGGCAAUCUGAGAACAGAGACUUGCUGCAACGGGUUCUGAGAUAUCACGUUGUCAGCGGCAGGGCGGACAGCACUUUGCUAAGGUAUGGAAGAGACAUCCAGACAAUCGAGGGCGGCAUGAUCUCGGUCACGCCCUGGACGGAACUGGGCUGGCAGGGCGUGGCUUACCAGAGGUUCCAGCCUCCUGUCACCUUGAACACGGAUGUCCAAGUGUCCACAGAGGAUGCCUUGGCAACGAAUGGAAUUGUGCAUUUUGUCAACAAGGUGCUCCUUCCUCCGGGCAUGGAAAUCACGGCUGGAGCAGACAGGACUGAUGGUGAUAAUGACGACGUCGUGCGGGUUGUGGCCAGUGGUGCGACAUGUUCGAUGAACUUCGCCAACUUGCUAGCAGGAGUCAUUGCGAUGCUGAGCUUGGCAUUUCUCUAG